AUGGAGAAUUUCAAUUCACUAAAAUUAAGUUACAAUGAAUAUGAAACCUUACCUAGAUUUUACGAAACAAAUGAUACUCUGAGUGAAGAUACAAAUGAUGAAUCUGAUAAUUCAAAUAAGAGGAAAAAUCUAAAUGAUGAUUUAAAUAAAGAUGAAAAUAACAAAAUAGAAAAGUAUAUUAAGUUAAAAAAUAAUAUAAAAAUAUGGGCUGGUACAAAUAAAAUAAUUAAUUACGAAAAAAAGAAUGUAUUAGAGUUGAAUAAAAUAAUCUAUAAUUAUAAUAAUAAGGAAAUUAAUGUUUCUAGUAAUUCAAAGGUUCUAAAUAUAAAUAAUAAUAACUUAGAAGAUUUAUGCUUUAUGAGUGAUCUUUUGAGGCAUAUAUAUAAUCAAAAAAAUAUAGAAUCCACUAUUAAUUAUUCAAAUAUUAUUUCCUUAGAUAUUUCUUUUAAUAAUUUAGUUACAAUAAAUGAUAGUAUAUUGGAAUUAAAUAAUUUAAAAGCAUUAUAUAUCCACUCAAAUAAAAUAGAGAGCAUUAACGAAAUUCAAAAACUUCAAUCCUUAUCUAAAUUAAAAAAACUUACUUUAGAAAAUAACCCUAUUAUGGAAUUGUUUAACAAAUUUUAUCGACCUUUUGUAAUUCAUUACUUACCUCAUAUAAAAUCUUUGGAUUUUCAUGAUAUUACUAAAAUAGAGAAAAAUAAAUCAGAUAUAACUUUUAAUACGCACAAAUAUAAAUUUAAUUUGCAAUAA